UUUAUAAAGGGACACCCGCCACAACACACAGUCACAACAGACCAGCCCUCGGAUUCAAGUGGACAAGACCUCGCUCGGACGGACACACAGUGGACGACAGCAAAGAGGAACAGUAUAGAGGUCACACACUACAAAUAAAACACCACAGAGGGGGAAACAACGCAUCUCAGCUGGACUGGACUCUUUCAAGUGUUGUUUGAUUUGACGAGACUAUCAGGACCAAAAAGACAGAUAGAUAUUCAGCCUCGGAGAACACAAACACACUGGAUUACAGAAAACGAACAAACAAACUGACCAGAUCAACACAGACAAUCACACCGGACCACAAGACACACACAUUCGCCAGCACCAUGCCUGCCUUCUCCUUCCACCACACCAUGGCCUCCUUUCCAUUCCAGUCUGCAGCAGCAGCAGAGGCGCGCGAGCGCCCCCUAAGGACAGUCCGCACUCUGCGGGGAGGUGAGCUGCCAACAUCUAUCCAUUCCAAUCAUCGCUAUGGUGACACAGCGCAGUGCUAUCUCCAUGGAGACGACUCACUGCGGAGUAAGUUGCCAUCUUGGUCGGUGCGUGAUGUCUUUGGUGAUGAUGAUGAUGAUGAUGAUGAUGGUGAAAGAAGGGGAGAUAUGGGAGACAUGCGAGUGAUGUUACGGAGUGUCAGUGAGGACAGAGGGAAGUUCAUCCCCAUACGAGUGGAGAUCCAGUCUGACGAGGAACUCAGAGGACCCUUCACCCACUUAUGCCUAGACCCCGAGGACAGGCACCCCCAAACAGCCAUCUCGCAAAACAGGCGCCCCCAAGCAGCCAUCCAACAGGAGAGGCACCCUCAGACUGACUGGUCGCAGCAGGACAGACACCACCAAGCUGCUCCGUGUGAACACAGACCACCCCAAAUGGCCUUGUCUGCUGAGAGAGAAUCCCAAACUGUGCUGUGUGAAAACAGACACCAAACUGCUCUGUCAGAGGACGUAUGCCCCAAAACCAGCUUGUAUGAAAACGGAGAGCCCCAGACCACCCGAUCUCAGCAGUGUGGCCCCAUCGAGACCAUCCAGUACGAGGAGGACAACAACAGCGACGGCCCCAAACCUCUGUGCCCACCCGACGCCCGUGAUAAGGUGCUGUGCUACCUGUGGGAGGUAGCCAACCAGGACACGUACCUGCGCCAGCGCCACAAGUUCCGUUUCUCCGUCAUCCCCGACGGCAACUGCCUGUACCGCGCCGUGAGCCGCGCCGCCUUCGGCGACCAGUUGCACCACGCCGCGCUGCGCCAGCACACGGUCGACUACAUCUCGGAGCACCUGGAGCAGUUUGCGCCCUUGCUGGAGGGCGACGCCGGCGACUUCCUGAUCGGCGCGGCGACGGAGGGGGCCUGGGGCGGCUACCCCGAGAUCCUGGCCAUGAGCGCCAUGCUGGGCGUCAACAUACUCCUGACCACCGGGGGCAGCGUGGCGUCGCCCACCGUCUCCACCAUGGUGCACCACCUGGGCAAGGAGGAAGACUGCAGGCCUGUGGUGUGGCUGAGCUGGCUCUCCAAUGGGCACUACGACGCGGUGCUCAACCAAGCCCUGCCCAAUCCAGAGUACCAGGAGUGGGCGCGACACAUGCGGGCACAGGUGGAGACGGACGAGGAGGUCGCCAGGACUACUGUGGACAUGUGAUGAGAUGAAACAUCACCGCUGACACAAAAAGACACGCACACGCCUUCUGUGUCCGACUCCUCAUGAAAAAAAGUGUGCACACACAGGUGGAACAGGAUGAUAAAGUGGACAGACAUCUAACAUACCAGACUGCUGUGAACUAAUUUUAUUAUUAGCUGAUGCCGUGCCUAUUUUUCCAAAUCUUUUAUGCCAGUGCAGACUAUGACUUAAUGUUGAAAAAUGUUGAGUGUGUUGUUUAGUGACGCGUUUUGCUACUACUAUGCACUGAACUAGGAAACUUUAACUUUUGGUUGGAAUUGUUUACAGAUUUUUAUUGAGUUGUUUUGAGAUGCAUUCUAUGACUUAGGACACUUUAACAUUUGUUUGGAACUGUACUAUUGAUUUUAUUUAUUGAAUAUAGUUUUUUUACUGAAUGAUUUUACCAACUAUGUGCCUUUAAGUGAAGUAUGUUUACAACCCAUUUAUUUUGCUUGCAAUGAGCCAAUGUACUAUUAUAUAUUAUUUAUUAUAUGUGUGUUUUUGUAACUUUCUGGACUUUGACCAAAUUUCAUUUACAAAUGAACAAAAUAAAUAAAGCAUUUAUGUUUUAAA